UUGUUUACCAUGUAUAAAUUGUGUAUUUAGUUAUUUAAAUCUGUAUUUUGUAAAAAUAUAAAUGGACGAGUUACGAGGACCUAAUAUUCAAAUCGUACUUCAUGUAAAAGAAGGUAUUGGCUUUGGAUUUCUUCGUAUACCCUUUAUCGUGAGUGGAUCUCUCAAUGGAUAUAUGCUGGAAACCGAUCCAGUUGUACCAACUCAUGCACCGGCCUUCGAUGCUGAACUGGUUUGGGAAGCUGAUAAAAGAAGAUUUCGGAGUUUGCGAGUACAAAAUGUGCCAAUCAAAGUUGAAGUAUUUACAACAAGCACACAAGGCAGAAAAGAUAAAAUAGGAUAUAUUUUAUUGAGCUUAUUAGGUGCACAGCCAUGUCCAUCAAAUAAAUUUGUAGAUGUGAAAUACUCAUGGCAUAAAUAACUUGGAAUAAAAUCUGAAGGCAAAUGUUGUCAUCCACAGUUACUUAUGAGCCUUUCCAUUGAAGAUAGAGUUAGUACUCCAACACCACAUUCAUUAAUUUGUAUUAAGUAAAUAAUCAUCCCUAAUUUAUGGUAGACACUGGCUUAUUGGAUGUACAGUCAAACUUUGA